AGGUGGAGGCGUCCCGCUCCCUCCGCAGCGCCCCGCGGCUGCGGCACCAGGACGUCGUCGCGGGCACGCUGGCUCUGGCCGCCGUCCGCGAGGUCGGGGACGAGGAGCUCAUCCUGAACCUGCCCUUCAACCUGGUGGGCUACUGCGGCCGCAGCCAGGCCCUGGAGCGGACGGCGGAGGGCUCCGAGCAGCGGCCACUGGCGCUAGGGGAGAGCUAUCGGCCUGGGCAGCUGGUGGCCGCGGUCGUCACCGCCGUGGUGGAGGUCGGCAGCACCGGGCGGCAGCGCAUCGAGGUGUCCCUGCGGCCCGCGCUGCUGAACGCGGGCCUGACGGCCGAGACUGUCGUGCCCAACAUGUGGCUGCCCGCGGCCGUAACGAGCGAGGAGGAGCACGUGUUCAGGCUUAGCUUCGGCAUCGAGGGUUUGCAGGGCUUGCUCAAGAAGGCCGACGCACCGACGGAGCUGGUCGCGCCGUGCGUGGGGGUGAUCCUGCAGGUCGCCGUAACUUCGGUGAACCAGGGCGCGGGCAUUGCGCGCUGCACGACCGCGGUCGCGCCGGCGCUGCCGAGCGAGCCAUUGAAGAUGGAAUCGCUGAAGGCUGGCUUCCUGGUGCGCGCCCGGGUGGACAGAAUCCUCACAGCUGGCUCUGCGAAGAAGGACAAGGGCUCCCGCGGCCCUGAGGGGACUAACCAGGGCCUCGUGGUCAAUUUCUGCGGCGCGCUGAACGGCGUCAUCCACUGGCACCAUCAGGGGAGGGGCCUGGCCGAGGCCCCGGAGGUGAAGCACAAGCAGCGCCUGGCCGCGCGCGUGCUGGCCGUGAUCCCCGGGCCACAGGUCACCGUGCACCUGACGCUCUUGCCCCACAUUCUUGACUGGAUGCCCCAGCGGGACGAGCUGUCGAAGAUCGCGGUAGGCGAGAGGCUCGACGGCAAGGCGUUGGAUUCUGUCCCCAAGUACGGCGUCCGGGUGCGGUGCGUGCCUCAGGGUGGUGGCAAGGUGCCCGUCCUCGGCUUCUGCCCAGGCAGCCGCCUGGCCGACAAGGAUUCAGGCAACGACGCGGAGGCCCCUGCGGCCGGGGCGACGUUUCCAUGCCGGGUGUUGGGUUACAAUUUCUUGGAGGCGGUUGCAAUCGUCACGCGCCGACCUUACGACCUCCGAGAAGAUAUCUUGGUCAGCGUCACAGAGAUGGCUGCGGGCCAGCUCGUGACGGGUGAGAUCAGCCGCGUCGCCGAGUUCGGGAUUUUCGUCAAGCUCAGCGAGUACGUCACGGGCCUCGUACACCUCCGCCACCUCACCGACGUACCGUUGGCCACGGUGCCGAAGAAGUUCCAGGUCGGCUCGAAAGCCAAGUGCCGAGUACUGCGAGUUUUACCAGAGAAGCGCCAGGUCAGUCUCACUAUGAAGAAGGCCAUGGUGAAGUCUGAGUUCCAGCUCUCCAGCUUCGAGCAGGCCAGACAGAAUAUGCUGCUGACUGGGUACGUCAGCAACGUAAAGCCGUACGGCGCAAUCGUCUCGUUCUUCGGUAACGUGUACGGGCUCAUACCGGCGAAGGAGAUGGAGUUGGACGAGGCCCCAGCAUUAGGCAUGUCGGUGCAGUGCCGCGUGGAGUCUGUUUAUAUCAAGCGCAAGAGGAUCGGCCUCUCGCUGAACUUGGAUGGCGGCAAAUCGGCCUCGGAGCUGGCUGGCACUCCAGCAUGGACCCCCAGGAGUGCCCCGCCUGAAGGCGCGACGCCAGGCGUGGUUGUGGCGGUCACUCGCCUGCUGGAGUGCACCGAGGGUGGCAUGGUGGUGAGCUUCGGUGCUGCGGGCGGAGUUUGCGAUUUGGCCCUCCGCGGCUUCGUGCCCCUCGCGCACCUCGCCGACGACGCGGCCUGGGCGACUGCGAGGCAUGCGGAGUUGAAGGAGCGUCUGCAAAAGGCCAGCAACGGCGAGGCCGAGGGCGUGGAGGUGGAGGAGCGGGGUGUAGUCCUGGCCACUCGGUUCAACCCGACACUUCGGAGCUCCAAGGAGGGCAACAAGGAUUCGGCCUGGUACGUGCUGCUCAGCUGCAAGCCCUCACUGUAUCUGUCGGCCGAAGAGGGCGCUUUCGUGACCGAGCUGUCGGAAUUGCAGCCCUCGCGGUUGUACACUGGAUACGUCAAGGAGGUUCACCACUUUGGCGCGCUCGUGAGCGCUGGCAGCUGGAAGCUGGCAGGCGUCGCACCGAAGCACCAGAUAGCAAGCCACUUCGUCGAGAAGCCCAGCGAGGAGCUGUCGGUCGGCCAGACCGUGCGGAUGUUGCUGACACAGGUUGACACCGAGAAGCAGCGCUUCACCGUGGACUUGCGCCCUGGGCCCAUAACUGCUGCCAGCGCGCCGCUGCUGCGCCGGGAGGCCGAGGCGCUGAGGCUGAUGUUGGCGGCACGCGCAGCGGCAGCCGCCCAGGCCGCCUCAGAGAAGCCCGAGCUGUGCCCUGGCGCUGUGCUGGAUGCCACGGUUAGCGCAGUGAAAGACUACGGUGUGCUGCUGAAGUUGGUGGGGCAUGCCGACCUCACCGCGCUGGUUCUCAAGGAAAAUAUGCCGGCGGCGCAGGCGCUCAAGCAGGGCGAGGCGCUGAGGUGCGCGCUGCUCGAUUUCGACCCCGCCAGCGGCAUCGUGGACGCCUCGCUGCAGCCCGAGCUGGUGGCCGCGCCGCCCCUGGAACCAGGCUCGCUGCUCGACGCCGCGGGGAAGAAGAGCAAGAAGCGCAAGGCCGACGCGGAUGGUGGCGUCACAGAGCCUGCCCGCAGGGAGUUGGCGGUGAUGCCGGCGUUGCAGAAGCCCGCGUAUUCGGUGGUCUGGGCCAAGGACCCGCCAGUGGUACUCUUUACCCCCCCGUUUGGCCAGCGGCGCUGGCAGGGCGCGCGCGCCUCGCUGCUGCACAGCGCCGCAGGCAGGCGGCUGGUGGCGUGCUGCCCACUUGGCGGCGGCGAGUCCCGAGACAGGCCCAAGGUGCCCCGCAUCGACAGGCCCGAAGAGGAGAUCCACAUAGGGAGCCCCAUCACGAUGCGCGUGAUAAGCGUGAAAGGUCUUCAGGCGGUCUUGGCCGCACCAGUCGGCCUGCGUGGCCACGUGCACGCCACGCAUUUCGUGGAUCCCGCAGGCGAGGGCGGGGUCGCAGGAAGCGGCGGAGAGAAUCCGCUGGAGGACCUGAAGAAGAGAGGCCUGGUGGAGGCGCGUGUGCUGUCCAUCCAGCAGAAGGGUCAGGGCAGAACAGGAAAGGCCUACAACCUGGAGCUCACAUGCAGGCCAUCUCUGCUGCGUGCCGGCCAAGAUGCCAGUGCCUACGAGAAAGCUGUGACCAGGUGGUCCACCCUCGCGGCGGGGAAGCUGGUGCCCGCGGUCGUCUCGGAAGUGCGGCGGAGCUCCAUGUGGCUGGAGGUGGCCCCGGGCGUCCGCGGGAAGGUGUCUUUGCUGGACGCUUCCGCGGAGCUGCCAGUGGUGAGGGCGCUGUCAGAGCACUUCACUGUGGGACAGGUGUUCCAAGCCCGCGUGGUGCGCUGCACAGCUUCGCAGAAAAAGCUCGACCUCGCGCUGUACGGCGCGGCCGGUGCCGAGCAGACGCCAAAGGAGGGCCAGCGGGUGCUGGCGCGACUGGAGCACAUCGAGGAUGUCGCUGGUAAGGGGAUCGCAGCCUCCUUCAGGUUGCCAGGGCGGCGGCGCGGGGUGGUGCAUGUCACAGAGUUGUUCGACUUCUGGGCGCGGUUGCCACUCAAGAGACUGAAGGUCGGUACGAUCUACGAGACCGCAUUCCUUGGCGGGUCGGCUGCCCCCGAUGCGCGCCUGGAGUUGAGCUUGCGAGCCUCGCUCGUGCACGGGCGCGCGGAGGGCCCCGACGAGCGCCGGCCCAUGGCAGCAGGAGAUUUGAAGGUUGGGCAGAAAGUUUCUGGCUACGUUGUCAACUCGGGGCCGAAGGGCGUCUUUGUCGCCCUCAGCCGGCAGCUGACGGCCCGCAUACGGCUCAAGGCACUGAGCGACCAGGUGGUGAUGAAGGACAGCAUUGCGAAACUGCACCCUCCUGGGGAGCUCAUCCGCGACGCUGUCGUUGUAGAGGUCGACGCCGAGCAGGGCCGCGCCGAGCUGUCUCUCCGCAAGGGCACGGGCACCGGUGCUGGAGGCACCAGGCUGUCGCUGGAGCAGCUCGCCGUGGGGGACGUGGUGGCCGGCCGCGUCAAGGCGAUCGAGAAGUACGGACUGUUCCUCCGGGUGGACAACUCUUCCUUGGACGCCCUCGUGCACAGGUCCGAGAUCUCCGACACCGCCUCCGUGUCCCUCGAUUCGUAUCAGCUUGGGAGCCGGAUUUCGCGCGCGAAGGUACUCAAGAUCGAGAACGGCAAGGUCUGGCUAGGCCUUAAGCCCUCGCACUUUGCCGAAGACGAGCUGGACGAGGAUGAGGACGACGAAGACGACGACAGGGAGGAGGAAGCGGCGGCCGACGCCGGUGGCGCGGGCGGGGGAGAGGCCGCGAGCGUGCUUGAUGCGUUCAGCGGCGGACAGGCAGCAUCAGCUUCGAGUGCUGCGAAGGCCAAGAAGAGAAAGAGGGAGGAGAAACAGGAGGCGGCUGCCGCCCCGGCCGCAGACUCCGACGAGGAGGCUCCGUGGGAGUCCGCUGCUGCCGCGAGGGACGGCGCAGCCGAGGCUGCCGGCUUCGACUGGCCCGAGCUCGCGCUGGGGGCGCGCGCCGGCUCCGACGACGACUCCGCGGAGGCUGGCGAGGACAGCGAGGGCGCUGAGGCGGAUGGCAGGCCAUCGAAGAGGCAGAAGAGGGCCCUCAAGAAGGCCGAGGCCAAGGAGUUGGCGCAGAGGGAGGCGGAGAACGCGGAGGGACGGUGGGCCAGCGAGCCACGCACCGUGGAGGAUUUCGAGCGACUGCUGCUGACACAGGGCGGGACGUCCAUCGUCUGGAUCCGCUACAUGGCGUUCCAUCUGAAGAUGAGCGACCUGGAGAGGGCACGGCAGGUGGCCGAGCGAGCGGUGAAGCACGUCGGCUUCUCGGAGGCGAAGGAACGGUUCAACUCGUGGGUGGCGUACAUGAACCUCGAGUGCACGUUCGGGACCGACGAGACUGCUGAGGCCGUUUUCCGGCGCGCCGCCAGCCACAACGAGGCCAAGCAUGUCUACUUGCAAUACGCUCGGAUCCACCAGAGAAACAAGAAGCCGCAGUUGGCCACGAAAGCUUUGGACACGUGCUGCAAGAAGUACCCUCAGUCAAAGAAAGUUUGGAUUGCCUUCCUGACGAUGCUUUACGAGGAAAAUGACUUGGAGGGCGCACGUAAGAUGCUGCCCAAGGCCUUAGCAGCAUUGCCCAGAAAAAAACACCCCCUGACAGUGUCGAAGGCGGGGAUGCUCGAGUACCAGCAGGGCUCCGUCGAGAGGGGGCGCAGCAUCUUCGAAGGGCUAAUGGACAGCUACCCGAAGCGAACAGAUUUAUGGUCCGUUUACCUGGACGCCCACAUCGCCGCACACACCCCACCGCGGGCACCCGAGCCCGACCUCGGGGAGGUGCGGAGUCUGAUGGAGCGAUGUUGCUCCAUGAGGCUGAAGGCGAUGAAGAUGCGUUUCUUCUUCAAGCGAUGGCUGGAUUUCGAGAAGAAGUGGGGAGAUGCCGAGAGUCAGGAGACAGGUCCGGCAGAAGGCCCGCGAGUUCGUCGAGGCGCAGGCGCAGUGAGCUUGCCGAAGGGCGGGCCGCGGGGCAGGUUAGACGCAGCGGCACGGGCUGCCAGGAAGCUGGAUGCCUUUGGCGUGACCAGCCUGAGCGAGAGUUGGAUACGCAUGUAGCCGAACGCCUCUCUGGCGGUCGGCCCUCGCGUGGACGGGCACGCUGGCCCUCCACAUUUGUACUGGGCAUGUCAUCAUCGUUCUCCUAUCCGUGUGCUGGGCUUCAGGUCGCCUCGCCUCCCGCGCAGCUCCCGCCGGCGGAGUGCGCGCCUGCCCGGUUCAGGGCGGCGCGGUCAACCUCCCGAUUGUCAUGUGCUGGUCGCGCGGGCCACUCUCGCACCUGCUCCUGCGCCUACAUCCAUACCCUCCUUCAUCGUUUCCCUCUGUGUAGCCUUGUACUUUGUGAACGUCAUUGCCUGCCCAAUCGUCUUGGCCGCUGCACGGCAAGGGAUGCAGUGUGCCUCCGCCGCCGUGCCCUGCUCAAGCCAUUUCGAGAGCGGCGGGCCCCAUGCUUCAUCCAUUUUUGGCCCAGUCCAGUCUCUCCGUUUUGAUUUGCACAUGGCUUCCAUGAUGAUACCAUCACAUUCCUCAGAUCGUCC